AGCGUCCGCUGAAAGUUUGGACCAAAACAACACAUUUUAAAUCGAAAUUUUGGAAUUCUGUGAUCUGAGAGGCAUUGCUGGAUAUCUGAAGAUUCAAACAGGCGAAGGACAUUACCACCGGGCGAGAUAUCUCGAUUGUUUUUUGUGUGUUUUUCGGUGCCAUCAUCUGUCGUGUGUAGCUACAGUCGCGAACUGUUAUAGUUGGUUUGGGUGGGUUGUUUAUUUCGAAUCGGACUUCUUCGUACACACAGCAUAACUGCAAGUUAACAACCGUGAUAAGGGAUACGUUUAUCACGGUAUGAGUUGUAACGGAUAACCGAAGAAUAAGAAACUACUUCCAUAUGGAUGUUUCAGCUGGGUCUUCACGGCUUGCUGGUCUCUCCGAUGAUGCGGGGGAGAGAAGACAGUCGCAGCCGAACAUUAAAUAUUCUCCACCACAACAACACCCUUCACAUCUCGUGGCGGUUUCACCAGACUACGAGAACCAAACAAGAAAAUCAGAUCCUUAUGGUCAGUUGAUACAGAGGUGUGUAAUAGUGCAGAGAGAUGAGAAAGGGUAUGGUUUGACAGUGAGCGGUGAUAAUCCAGUAUUUGUACAAAGUGUCAAAGAAAAUGGAGCAGCUUACAAAGCAGGUGUACAGCAGGGUGACAGAAUAAUUAAGGUAAACGGUACAUUGGUCACGCAGUCCAAUCAUAUAGAAGUUGUGAAACUUAUUAAAUCUGGUUCAUACGUAGCUUUAACGUUACUUGGAAGACCUCCAGGAUCUAACUACCCUCCCCUACCACCGCCACAUGUUCCUGCUCCACCUGCUCCUUAUACAGGAAGACCAGAAGUCACCGGACCCCAGCCUGCUGUGCCGGAAAAAGAUGAGGAAUUGAGGCAGGAGCGCAUCAAUGUUAUGCGGCAAAUGUUAGACCAGGAAAUGGAAUUAUUUCAGACAACUAAAGACGAAUACGAUAGAAAUCCUUCAGAUAAAAUAAAGCGACAACUGGACGGUGGUACGACGCGAAUUAAAGCACUUGAGCAACAAUUGCGAAAUCUUACAGGUGAUUCUAUGUCAUCAAAGGAUGACGAAGCCCCUUACUUUGGGCAACCACCCGCCAUGGAGGGCGGAUUCGAAACUAUUACAGAACAACAAGGCAAUGCAUCAGAACAGCUUCUCUCAGAAGUAGAUUAUUAUGAACCUGCUUCCCCAGAAGAAAGCAAGGCUGUGGACAAUGAUAGUCUGGAUGGAGUGCCAGACGUACUCAGAGAGAAUCAAAUACAGGCCCAUAGUUCGGCCGAUGAAGACGAUGAACCGAUACCUUUUGGUAUCGGUCCUACUGAAGCAAGGGAAAGUAAAGCACAGCAAUCAGCGAGUGACGGUGAAGUGUGGGUGAAAAAUACAAUUAAAUACAAUCCAGCACCAUGGCUGAAAGACGGGCCAGACCACAAAAGGCACAAAUCUGAUCCCGAGAGAUGCUGCCAAGUCCAGUCAGAUUUGCCAGGUUCAGGAACAAAAAUUAAAAGGAAUCUCUCUGAUGCAGCGGACAAAGAAUCUAAAAGACAUGCCAUGUCAUCAGGAAACAGCGAUCCCAGUGUGAACACUGAUGCAAUCACAGCAGUUGAUUUUGCAGUCAGAAGACACUCGGCGUCUUCAGACAAGGUAGCACGAGACAGCGACAGCGACCAUGAGGUCUCCAGCGAGGCUGUAUCACCGGUGAAACAACACCAUUAUGAAGAGGUUUUGUUGCAAGAUACUAUUGAUACUAGUCCGUCAAAUGAAGAUGCACAGAUGGAUCAUGCGGAGAAUCCUAACCUUGUAACAAGUCCAGUAGAACUACCGCUAUCCCCAUCUGAGGAAAUCCAGUCUCCAACAUCCCCGCAAUCAACAGAGGUUGUUUUACAAAGGGCCGAUGUGAAUAAUGUUGAUUCCUACAUGGAUACGGCGGUGACGACAAUACCACCGUCGUCAACCAAUCAACAGAUAGUAUCCAUGGAGGAUGAUGAGUUUGAAUCUGAUAAUGAGCAAGUUAUAGACCACGGUCCUUUCAUAAGUCUAGAUAAGUUGGAGAAGAAGCCUGCACAUAUUGCUGUGCUUUUGCAUUAUCUUAUAUCCAACAGUGAUCCUUCAAGCAUGUUUUUCUAUAUUGUAACGGAUGGCUACAGCAAUGGUAGCCCUAAAGAAAUGAGGAAAUGGGCUUACGAGAUCUAUUCAACUUUCCUGGCUGAUCAAGCUGUAACCUUUGAGAGUAUGGUGCCCAAUGAUGUGUUAGAAUCAAUAGGCAUUGUGCUGGCCAACAAAAUAGAUAACUCUGAUGCCAUGCGAAGUAUCUUUGUAUUAGCAAGAGCUGCAGCUGCUGUUGAUAUCAGGUACCAUUUGGAAGAUUUUCGUUCCAAGCGAGCACUUGGUCUUGGUACGCUUUACGGUGAUCAGCAGCUUUCGGAUUUGAUGGACAGAAAUACUGAAAUUCAGAUUGUUGAGCAGACUCUCAUGCCUCAUCUUGACCGACUUUCUGCCUGUGAUACCUUUUCAAACAUACUGUGGUCAGGUUGUGAACAGAAUAUUCACAAAGGUACCUGUCUUUCAGAAGUACAGCACCAAUGCUCUGGGAAAAGGAAAAAAGAGAAGAGUAAAAUUCUGCCAAGGAUACCACGACGUACAAGUGAAAACAGUAGCAAAGCUAGUAUGUAUGGCCAACCUCCAUAUAGUCCAACAGUCAAAGAAGCACUGGCCAAAUCUCAGAAGGAUGAGAGACAGGGAUUUAUACAAGAGACGCAUAAUUCUGGAAUGCCGUGGUAUCAAACAUCACAUGUGCAUGUUUCUCCUCCCAACAUCCAUUCAUUACCAGAACAAGAAGAAGAUGAUCUUAAAAUGCUGAAAGACAGUCAAAAAGUAGGGAAAUUAAUUAAGGAUCUUGAAAGAGGAAAGGGCGACUCGAAUCAAGAUUUACAAAGUCCAGGAACUCCACGUGAAGGAAGUCCAGAACUCAUGGAUAGUGAGAGGCAAGAGAAAGCUACUGUGAAGAGAUCGGGGAGCCUCAGAACACAGGAGGAUACCAGGAAGAGGAUGGGGAGUGGCCACGAGGGCUCAAAACGGUCAAAAAGCGAUGUGGAUAUGGAUGUGGCAGCAGUUACAAAUGCUACUAGUUCUCUAACGAAUUCCUCAUCAAGUAUUUCUGCCAAGAGUCAAGAUUCUUCAACGCUGUCAGAGGAGUAUGACUCUGAUAUGGAAGCAGAGACAGAUCCACCUGCUUGGCAGACGGCAGUUGAUCGAGAUCUCUUGAAAAAAUUGAAACCCAAAGAAAUCAAGAGGCAAGAAGUCAUCAAUGAGUUAUUCCACACAGAGAAGUCACAUGUGCGAAAUUUGAAAAUCCUUGAUCGUGUUUUCAUGAAACCAAUGCAGCAGGAGCACCUGGCGCAAAAAGAAUUUAUACAAUUACUGUUUCCAAAUUUGGAGGAUCUACUUGAAAUGCACAUCUCAUUAAACAAUGCCAUGAAAAAAGAGAGGAAAACAUGUCAUACCAUUGAUGAGGUUGGGGACAUUUUAUUGGCAAGGUUUGAUGGUGAAGAAGGAGAAUCACUAAAGGAAGCAUGUGCAAUCUUUUGCAGGCAUCAAAGUCUUGCUUUAGAUUUGCUUAAAGCAAAACAAAAAAAAGAUGACAAACUAGCAAGGUUUUUAGCUGAUGCCGAGAAUAAUCCCAACUGCAGACGACUACAGUUAAAAGAUUUUAUUCCCUGUGUUUUUCAAAGAUUAACCAAAUAUCCAAUGCUACUAGAAAGUAUUUUAAAAUAUACCAGUUCUAGUAAAACGGACCAUGCAAAAGUCAGUAGGGCGCGUGACUGUUGUAAAUCCAUUUUAGGCUAUGUGAAUAUUGCUGUGAGAGAUGCUGAAAACCAAAUCAGAUUACAAGAAAUGGUGAAAAAGACUGACAAAAGUCCUUUUGAGAAGUCUAACAAUACACUAAUUACUGAAUUCAAGAAUAUUGAUUUAAAUUCUCGAAAACUUUUACAUGAUGGACCAUUGAUUUGGAGGUUAGGAAGAGCCAAAUCAAUAGAUCUGCAUGUUCUUUUACUGGAGGAUAUACUGGUUCUAUUACAGAAAGACGACAACAGAUUUGUAUUAAAAUGUCAUAGUAGUACUGUACAGACUGUAAAAGAGGAAGUGAAAAAUACACAUAGUCCUAUUGUUAAAUUAACUAAUUUAUUGUGUAGAAAUGUGGCUACAGAUAAGAAAGCCUUUUUUCUGGUGAGUACAUCACCAAUGGGACCACAAAUUUAUGAACUUGUAGCAGGGACAAACAACGAACGAAAAGUCUGGUCCGAAAUCAUUACAAGAACGGUGGAUGGUAUGAAGAAUAAAGACAAGAGAGGAACCAAUAUCACACCCGUGCCCAGUCAAUUGCCGCCUCCCCCACCAUACUCUGAACUGAACGAAGCAGUUGAAGAGAAAUUAAAAACAAAAUCAAGGAGUGAAACAGAGAAGAUCAAUGAAAAAAAUAAAAGUGACAGUCUGGAUAGAUUAGACAACAUUUUAGAAAUCCAAAAUCCUCCUGAACUAAUUGAUCCGGCCAAAGUGGUUGUUGUUAACCACCCCAGUAUGGAUGAUAAAACUGAAACUGUCAUGCCACCACGUGAAAAACUUAAACAAGUGGAUGAGACAAUUCAAAAAGCAUUAGUUGAGAAGAGUCAAAUCAUUGCUGAGUUGUUAGGAGCGCCACUAACACCGACAACGGUAGAUCAGGAGACAAACCCAGUUCAGGAAUAUGAACCAAAAGAUUUAGUACAUGCUAUGAUGCAGCAGUCAAAUCGUUUAACGACAACAGUGAAUGAACACAUGAAUUUAUUGUCAAAUACAGAGCAAAGUGAUUCAGCCUGA